AGGCUUCUUUAACGUUCCUAAAGAAACAAGGCUUCUACAAGGAAGCACAACGUUCUCAGAAGCAGCUCCAACAAACACGGUUGAGCACAAACCAGCAAAGUGGAUUGUCUUACAAUUGCUAUUGAAGAGGGGGAUGGGUCUUGGUGAUCUGUUUUCACAAGAUGUUCAGAAUCAAGGUCACCUUUUUCUUCAGAAGGAGACCUCAAUGGCUGCUCCGCUCAAUCACAAGUUCCAUUCUCAAUAACCCAUGUUCCCUGCCUCUACAUUUCGUGUCGACAUCCACCCAGAAUGAGCAGGCUCCAGAGGUACGUAGACUCAACAGAAAAAUCACGAAUUUCAUUCAAAGUGGCCGACUCGAUGAUGCUAAGAAGCUUUUUGACAAAAUGACUGAACGAAAUACGGUAACAUGGAAUUCAAUGAUUACUGGUUAUGUCCGACGUAGGGAGAUGACUAAGGCAAGGAUGUUGUUCAAUCAAAUACCAGAGAGAGAUGUUGUGUCGUGGAAUUUGAUGUUAUCGGGCUACUUAUCGUGUCGUGGGGGCAGAUAUGUAGAGGAGGGGAGGUACUUGUUUGAUCAAAUGCCAGAGAGAGAUUUUGUUUCUUGGAAUACAAUGAUUACUGGGUAUGCACGGAAUGGGAGGAUGGAUGAAGCAUUGCACCUUUUCAACUGCAUGCCUAAGCGGAAUGUAGUUUCUUGGAACGCUGUGAUUUCCGGUUUUUUACAUAAUGGUGAUGUGAAAAGUGCAAUUGAGUUUUUUGAGAGAAUGCCCGAGCGCGAUGCGGCUUCUCUUAGUGCACUUGUAUCCGGUCUAAUUCAGAAUGGGGAAUUAGACAAAGCUGCUGGAGUCUUACUUGGAUAUGGGGAACGUGCUGGUGGUAGAGAAGAUUUAGUUUAUGCUUAUAACACUUUGAUUGCUGGGUAUGGUCAAAGAGGAAGAGUUGAUGAAGCUCGAUGCUUCUUUGACCAAAUCCCUUGUUCUCUUGAUGGCAGAAUAAGAGAUGGUGAGAGGUUUGGAAGAAACGUGAUCACAUGGAAUUCUAUGAUCAUGUGCUAUGUGAAAGCAGGGGAUGUUGUUUCUGCUCGGGAGCUAUUUGACCAGAUGGUAGAGCGAGACACUUUCUCGUGGAACACCAUGAUCAGUGGUUAUGUUAGCUUGUCGGAUAUGGAAGAAGCAUCAAACCUAUUUGGUAAAAUGCCAGACCCUGAUACAUUGUCAUGGAAUUUGAUGAUCUCGGGUUUUGGCCAGAUCGGUAGCUUGGAACUUGCUUGUGACUUUUUCCGAAGGAUGCCCCAGAAAAACUUAGUUUCAUGGAAUUCCAUGAUGGCAGGGUACGAGAAAAAUGGGGACUGUGAAGGAGCCAUUCAUAUUUUCAUUCAGAUGCAAGCUGAGGGAGAGAAACCCGAUCGACAUACAUUGUCUACUCUUGUAAGUGUUUGUGCUGAAUCAGCGGCCCUACAACUGGGUAUGCAGAUGCAUCAACAUGUCAUAAAGUUGGUUAUCUCUGAUGCUCCACUAAAUAACUCGCUUGUUACUAUGUAUGCAAGAUGUGGCGAGAUUGUCCAAGCAAGGGCCAUCUUCGAUGAGAUGAAUUCCGAGAAAGAGGUUAUCUCUUGGAAUGCCAUGAUUGGAGCAUAUGCAUCCCAUGGAUUUGCGGCGGAGGCUCUAGAACUUUUUGGAGAAAUGAAGAGGCUUAAAUUUCGGCCAACCCAUAUCACGUUCAUAUCAGUUUUGAAUGCAUGUGCUAAUGCUGGGCUUGUGGAAGAAGGCCGGAGGCAUUUCAGAUCCAUGGUGAAUGAGUUUGGUAUUAAGCCAAGAGUGGAACAUUUUGCAGCCCUUGUGGAUAUUUUGGGACGGCAUGGGCAGGUUGAAGAGGCUAUGGGUGUCAUUUGUUGUAUGCCACUUGAGCCAGAUAAGGCUGUGUGGGGUGCGUUAUUGGGUGCGUGUAGGGUGCAUAACAAUGUGGAGUUUGCCCGAGUUGCAGCUGAAGCAUUGGUGAGGCUUGAACCAGAAAGCUCAGCCCCCUAUGUAUUAUUGUAUAAUAUGUUUGCUGAUGUUGGGCUAUGGGAUGAUGCAACUGAAGUGAGGUUGAUAAUGGAGAGAAAUAAUAUUCGAAAGCAACCAGGGUAUAGUUGGGCAGAUUCCUCCGCAUGAUUGCUGAUGUUAUGCACUUGUGUGGGAGUUGUAAUAAGUUUCUUGCAUACUUAAGAUUGAGAUCAGUCAUUGCUAAUUUAGCUAUGGAACAUGUAAGAAGAUCUGCAAACGCAAGGUCAGAACGAGGACAGGACACCGCCACUUGGAACAUGGAGUGAUGGAGUGAUGCUAUUGUGAAUGUAGAGACACAAUGACCCUUCCCCCCCUCCGUGUUGUUAUUUAGGCUUGUGUCUUUGCAGCAGCUUCUGAGACAUUUGGAAACCUAUUGGUUAUUGGUCUGUUACUGAGUAAUUUAUCCAUGUUGCCAGAAGGAGGAAGCUGGAUGCUUACUCAGAUAAGAGUGAGUACGAAUGUGAAUUUUACUUUUAUGUGACCAUAUUCAUUAAAGCAAACAAAAAAUGCUAUGAGGCCCAUAGUUCAAAAUUAGAUUGAUUUCUCUCAUGUAGGAUAUAGAAUCCGGUGACUAGGGAUAGUUCAAUAGCUUAGGAUUCAUUAUAAAGUGUUCACAACAUUGCAAGUA